CUAAAGAAUUUGUCCACGGUAUGGAAAACAAAAGUACCAAUAAAAUAACCAAAACGAUCUCUACACAGCCAGUCCUCAGCAAGACACAAAUCUAUUUGGAGCUCAGCUUGAUGAUAUUGGGAACAGCUGCCAUGAGUGUAGCUAUCGUGAUAUUGAAAAGAGUAAAAAUGAAAUCGCAAAGAAAUGCAGAAAAACUUUAUGUUCAUCGAAGUCUCAUGAUAUCACUUAUCCUGGCAAACUUGGUUUACAUGGCUGAUGUUUUCUUCACUAAAAGGAAUGAAUAUCGAAUUCUUUGCACCGUGUUAGUAGUAGUACAGCACUACUUUCACACAGCUGUCUUCUCAUGGRUGCUGUGUGAGGGACUUCACCUGUAUUUCAUGCUUGUCAAAGUCUUCGUUGUUACAAAGCUAUAUUUGAUACACUCUAUCAUUGGAUGGGGACUGCCAGUGAUCGUUCUCGUGUUCACGGCUGCCAUUCAACCAUCUACAUACGACAUGAGUACGAAACGCGAGGUCUACCAAUGUGGUACUCAGGAGAUUGAAAUCACCGUGGAACGAAACUUCUGUUGGCUGAAUGGUGGUUUCUGGAUCUACAAUGGACCAAUACUCGGCAUUCUAUUGGUAAACUUUGCAUUAUUUUUGGUGUUCUUGAAUAUUGCAUACGGAAAGCUGUCUCAACGAUUUGCUGACAAUAAACUGAAGAAAGCAAGGAAAUGCAUCAAGUGUGUUGCCGCUCUUCUUCCUCUGCUGGGUUUGGUGUGGCUUUUCGGGUACACAGUAAACUUGCACUGGAUUCUUGCUUACAUCUUCAUUACCAUCAACUCUUCACAGGGAAUCAUGAUCGCAAUAUUUCAUUGUUUUCUAGACGAUAAGGUCAAAGCAUACUUGAAAUCAAAACAUGUGAAGAGAUGGCGCGUCAAAAACGAAGAGAUAGUGGUGCAAGGAAAUGAAAAUGUCCCGAUCGACGAAGACGAACAAGACAACCAUGAACAUAAUAGAGAAGAUACAAAGAAACAGCAGGACGAUGGSAGCCAGGAUAUUCAAGAAGUGGAGAAUGACGGUAUGUUUGUUAUCACUUAG